UCUCUCCUGGCUCGCUAGCUCGCAGCUGCCGCCGCUGAGCUGCGGAGUAGCUGGGUUAGGCUGGGCUGGGCUGGGCUGCAGAUGUCGGACUCUCUGCUCACCUCGGGUUCUGGGUUCUUGAACCCCGCCGGUGACGGCGUAGAGGCUGGAGCCGGAGCUGGGGGCUGUCCGGCCCCCGUCGCAGAAAAUGAGGAUACAAACCACAGAACCAGUGAUAUUGCUUCCUCAGUGAUGACUGCCUCUGAUCAGGAACCUUCAUCCUCACCUCGAAGGCCACAGAUUGUAUCUUCUGUGACUGAGGAUGUAGCAGAAAAUCCUGGAAAAGGUGAUGGUGCUUUGAAGGAGCAGGCAUCGGUGGGUCAGGAACCACUGUCAGGAGACCAACUUCUUAAAGAGGAAUCUGUUGUUCAGAUGAGCAAGUACCAAGCACCAAAAGGAUCAGGAGACGUGGUUAUGAUCCAGUCAGACACAGGAGAUACAGGAACUGUGGAUGCCCUCUCAACUGAAUUGGAGUCUGCAGAUCUCCUCGGAGAACAGAGAAGAGUCUCAACACCUCCUCUGUCUCCUCCAUCCAUAUGGACCUUUGCCAAGAUGAAGGAAUUCAAAACCAAGAUGAGCAAGGUGAAGAAUUCUCGGCUGGUGGUGAAGCGGGGUGAGGUAGUGACAGUACGUGUACCCACCCACCCUGACGGGAAGCGCCUCUUUUGGGAAUUUGCCACUGAUAAUUAUGACAUUGGCUUUGGUGUCUAUUUUGACUGGACCCCUGUAACCAGCACUGCUGUCACUGUGCAUGUCAGUGAGUCCAGUGAUGAGGAUGAGGAUGAUGAAGAGGACGGGGAGGGAGGGAUUGAAGGACUCGUCCCAAUUGGAGAUGUGGAGAUGGGCUCCAAGAGCUCUCUGCGGAAUCGCUAUGGGGAGAUCAUGCCAGUUUAUCGGAGAGAUAGCCAUCGAGAUGUACAGGCUGGUUGUCAUGACUACCCGGGAGAAGGCAUCUACCUGCUUAAAUUUGACAAUUCCUACUCACUGCUACGCAACAAAACUCUCUACUACCAUGUAUAUUACACCAGCUGAGGGGCUGAGGCCAUAGGUCUGGUGGGCAAAGGGGGAUUUUUUUUUUCCUGACACCUUUUGCUUUCUAUGGACAACCUGCUUAAAUGCUGAGUGUGAGGCUUCUGAAGUUUGCACUUGCCUGCCUGGCAUGCCUGCCUGUUGACCUAGGAAUAGCUUCUUUCCCUUCCACCAUUUUUACAGGUUACACUUGGACAGUUUCUCCUGAUAUAAACUUCAGGGAUAUCACUCUGUGAAGUCAUCAGACAAGAACCUAAAAGGAAGUGGGAUUUUUUUUGUUUGUCUCUUUUUUUGCUUCAUACAAGGUAUGCCACUGAGCUGGGGGUGGCUUCCUUUCCCCAAAUCCUUAUGCCAUUUGUGGCACAUGCUAGCCUCCUUGUUUUUAUAAAUUUGUGAAGUGGGCCUCUGCCCUCUUCACCUGUGGCUUUCCAAAUCACUAAGGAAGGGGAAAGCUCAUGUUUAUAAAAAGAAACUGAGAUGCUAAAGAGAAAGAAUUCUUCUGCCCAGCCUCUUUCCACUGCCAUGUUCCUAACCUGUUCCUUGUUGUUAGCCUAGCCCUGGCUCUUCUGUUUGAAGAGGCCUUACUGCCCUUUGAGGACUAUGCCUUGUUCCCUGUGGUGAGUCCUCAGCUGCUAAGUCUGUGUACUUGCUACCAAUGCAAAGAAUUUUUAAUGUAAUCUCUAAGAUCCCGUGUAUUUUUAGAGUCUCCUGGGAAGAAAAGAUUCCCCACCACUUCCUUCUGUCAGUAAGCAGUCACCCUAACCCAGGGCCACUGCAGCAGAAAGAGAAAAGUGGUUAGAUAUGGUUAGAAGUGGCGAUCAGGUACCAAAUGACUCUUUUACAAUUCUAGGACACACUUUCCUGACACCGAAGUGUGGCUCUGUCUUUGUAUGAAGAAGAAUGUAGUCUGGUUAUUGUAAACAAUCCAAGCUUCCCACCACCUCUUUGUUACUAGAAUGUGAAUGUUGCUAGAGAAUUUGCUUUAGAACCAAAUGCAGUGAAAUCUGUUCAGGUAAUUCUCUUUGUCACGUUUUCCUACCUGUUAAGAAUCAUGUAAAAAGCUCACCAAAUGAGAGUUUUCUGGAGUUGCUGCUUACCAUCUUUGAUCCUCUUAAGUCUUUUAGGGAGAGGUGAUAAUGGAGCUCUGUGGUUGCUGCUCAUUUUGUUACUUGUUCAUUUCCCUGCCAAAUCCUGUUUCCCUGGUGACAGUCUCCCCCCUCUUCCACUUCCCCACACAAUUAACCUUAAAUCCUAGGAGUGCCACAGGGUAUCAGGUGGUGCUUUUAGCUGUUGCCAGAGCAACUUGGUACUUAGGCAGAGAAAGGAUAGGAGAACCAGGAUUUGUCUGUUGCUUUUACCUCCUUUUUCUCCUCAUUCCUUUUGUCAAUUCUGUUAGUGUCUUAGGAUUGUAAGGAGUAGACCAAUUUAUUUAUUAAGUUAUUUAUUUUUAAAAUGCAUUUCAGUUCACCUUUGAAAUAGUUUUCACCUGUUACUCUAGAGGCUUGCCUUUUGUUCUGAGCAAUUUGGGCAGCCUUUUCCAUAGAGUUAAAAAUAAUGUGUUGUGAGUAGUCUUGCUGUCAGGUCAGUAGCAUUUCAAAGCGAGAGAGGAAGAUAAAUCUACUACUUGUAUAGGGAAUAUGUAGUGCCCUGUUUCCUUCAAGGAAAACUCAGCCUUUGAAGGAGUGUGUCUCUUUGUGAGGAAUCAAAUAUGCCAAGAUUGACAGGUUAAUAAGAGUUUUCAUUGUAUCCAGGAUUGCAGAAGUCCUUUGAACACCUUCAGGUAUCAGGAUAGUCCUUCUCCACGCUCUCCUUUGGCUUUUUCCUUAGCCUCUCGUGUAGCUUGUGUGCCUGACUCAUCAAAAAAUCCAUCCUUCCUACCGGGAAAAAUAACCCAAAGUAUAUACUCUUUCCAUGAUGGGUUAGUAGCAUCAUCAUUGUAUAUGAAGGACAUGAUGACAUCAUGUGCCUUUGGUUCCUCUUGGGAACAACCCCACCCUCAUAGUUUCAUAUGUGGUGGAAGGCCAUAACAUGAUUUUUCUCAGAGCUGCAUCAUACCCACUACUUUGUGUAUCAGUGACUGCAUUUUGCAGAGGUCUAAGUGUGUCUCUGGUGACAAACGAAGUAUAUGAAUGACUGCCCUUCACUAGUAGAGGAAGGCACUUUAAGCAGUGGGCAAACUGGUCAGAGGGCUGGAUGAUCAACUUACUCUUGACUGAACUCUAGUUGAUAAGCCUUAGCAGUAUAGAGAUCAUCUUCUCAGACUUUGUGGAUCCUGAAUGGUUUCCCAUUUGGCCGAAAUCUUAUUUGCUUUAUUUGUUUAUCGUUUCCAUAAUGGCUUAUUUUCUUCCAGCAGUGAACUUUUGAGACAAAGAGCAGCCUCCUUAGCUUAGAUUAGCACAUAUUUCUGUGCUAUAAAGAACUCUGCUCUUCAUCUUCUUUGCAUACCCAGAUCUGUUGUGUUGAGGAUACCUGGGGGGCAUUCUGUUCCCAUAACCUCUUUGUUCCUGUUCCUGCCAUGCCCACUGCUAGAAUUACCUUGUUAUACCUCCUUCCAUUCUGAUGUUGUACUAAACAACCUGAGUUGUAUUUUCCCAUCAGAUCAAAAUAGCUUAAGAUGAAGUAUUUUCACUUCUUCCUACAGAAAUUCUUGGGUUGUAUUUCUAAAUUGUAGGUCAUUCGAGACUGAGGAAAAGGUGUUACUUGGAAUUUUAGCAUCCUAGACAACUUCUAAGAGCUGCCCUAGCCCUAUCUGAACUCACCGAACCAAAAUACAAAAAAAAAAGAUUUUCCUUUUUCUCCUCCUUCAUCUGUCUCCAAAAACUAAAUUAAAAUUGUAGAAUUAAAGAAUCUAAAAGGCGGAGGGGCUUCCAGGGCCAACUAGUCCAAUUUGUGGCUGAUCAAGAGUCCUAUCUACAACAUCACUGAUAAGGAAUCACCAAAUCUCUGAUUAAAGACUUCCGGGAUGGGGAAACCCACUUUCUCUCCCUACUCUUCUUUUGGAUAAAUAGCUCUUAUUGUGAAGAAGUUUUCCUUUUCCAUCAAGUUUAAAUCUCAAUCUCUCUCUCUCUCUCUCUCUCUCUCUCUCUCUCUCUCUU